CAGGCUGCAGCGACGGCAGAUGGAUCCCGGGGCCAGCAGCUGCCUGAGGAGCCCACACCCCCCAGCCCCUGUCUGGGGCUGCCUUCGAAACCCCCACUCCGAAGGCAGUGGGACGUCAGGGGUACCCCACUACCCGCCAACCCCCUUCUCCUUCCACCAGAAACCAGACUUCCCGGCAACAGCGACGGCAGCGUACCCCACCUUCUCGGCCUCCUGCCUGGCGGCCACCCCACACAGCCUGCCCCAGGAGGAGCACGUCUAUACUGAGCAGCACCCCGCCUUCCCUCAGCCUCCCGACUGGCACUUCCCUGUCUUGGAGGCCCGGCGCAGGCUCAACCCAGGCCCAGCUGGGGGCUCCAGGGAGAUGGGGGCCGGCAGCCCAGGCCUGGUAGACAGCACAGGAGGCCCAGGUGAGGACUACGAGGUCCUUGGGAGCACUGCUAACGAGACGGAGAAAAAGUCAACCCGACGGAAAAAGGAGAUUUCAGACAACCAGGAGAACCGAGGGAAGCCGGAGGGCGGCGGCAAGGCCCGCAAGGAGAGGACAGCUUUCACCAAGGAGCAGCUGCGGGAGUUGGAGGCUGAAUUCGCCCACCACAACUACCUGACCCGGCUCCGGAGAUACGAGAUCGCGGUCAACCUGGACCUCUCCGAGCGCCAGGUCAAAGUGUGGUUCCAGAACCGGAGGAUGAAGUGGAAGCGCGUGAAGGGGGGUCAGCCCAUCUCCCCCCGUGGGCCAGACCCCGAGGACGGGGACUCUGCAGCCUCUCCCAGUUCAGAGUGAGACUCUCCAGAGAGAAAAAGAGACUGAGGACUUCCUUCCUUCCCUACCUAACUCCCCCACCUUACCUCCCUCCCCUGCCCCCUUCCCUGGGCAGCCGCUUCCACGCCCCACAGUGACUUGG